CUUUAUUUGAGUUCUCGGACACAUAGCACGAGCGCGUGAGUUAAGAGAAUUGAAGGACAUGUCGUGUCUUUGAUCCUCCUGCAUCAGUGUGUUCAUCAGUUUUACACUGGGAGCAGAAGAUCAGAAGGGGUCAUGUCUUUGCUUGAAGACCUCGUCCAUCUCAUUAGAUGUGUCCUGGAAUAUUUUGGGGUUCCCCAAGAGAUGCUGGUCCCAGUUUGGGAAAACAAUUUAUGUGGACAGUAUCGCAGCAUCGUCCGCAUGAUCGGAACCAAUCUCAAGCUGACACCCUAUCCUCGGAUUCACUUCCAGGUUCCUUUACAGACAAUCAGGAGACACGGCCAUAUCGAAGUGUCAGUCGAUACUCCUGCCAUUCCAUCUCUAGCAGAUGUGCUGUGGGUGGCCGAGGACGAAGGAGACAAUUACACCAGGUUCAGAAAUUCUGGCCCGCUGAGAAAACAAGGAUGGCUGCAGGGCUUCGAAACGUCAGCAGCUGUGUGUGUACGACCUGCUCCUGCAUCCCUGCGAGACCAGAAAUCACACACAACACAAGCAUCAAGCACACAACCAGAAGCCUUUAAGAAGAUCCAAGCACUGGAGACUGAGCUACAGAAAUUACGAGCUCAGAUUGCAAUGAUUGUUACCACUCCAACAGCAGACAGUUUCCUCCCAAGCAAUCCGUCCACUCCAUGUUCACGUCUUCCCUCCCCUGUGCUUACCUCCACUCCUUUCACGGCUCCUCCGCCACCACCACCUCCUCCACCUCUUCCUCCUCCUCCUGCCCCUGGGGUCGGCUCAGAGCGGGUCUCUGUGACAGAUAUGAUUAGACAAAGGCAAGCAGCCAGGAAGGACAAAGCUGGAGUGAAUGAGACAUCACCAGCUGCUGUUCCUUCCAUGUUAGAUGUCCUGAAGGCUAUGAACAAAGUUAAACUUCGGAAUGUGGAGAGGUCGCCUGGAGGGACACCUGUACGAAAAAGAAGGAGUAAAGGGAUGGUGUGUGCGUCAGACCCCGCUGCUCUUAUCGCUGAAGCUUUAAAGAGAAAGUUUGCACACAAGCAGAGAGACAACUCGUUUGAUAAGGAGAACCGAUCGGCUGAACCCUCGCCAUUCAGCAGCCCUGACACACCCAGAGUUCCACUCUUCCCGAGACGCAGUCAGGGCCGAAACCAUUCGUCACCUUUAACCCGCGGAUCAGACGGGAAAUUUGAUGGAAAAUAGGCUGAUUUUUUUUCUUGUUUUCACCUUCUUUCAGCCCCCGCAGUCUUGUGGUACUUUUUCUUCUUUAAAAGGACACAUGAGCUGACUUUUUAUGCAUCGCUUUCUGCUGUGGAUUGCUUUGUUUUUAUACACUUCUGCAGAUUUUACACUGGUGUUUGUGUAUACUGUGAAUAUAAGGUGCUGGAUCAUAGCAGUUCUAAGUUUGGGUCAAGCCUUUACCUUAUGGACCUCUCUUAUGCAAUUCAUUAAAAUGGUUUUAUGUUGUUUUUAUUAUUAAUACUAUAAUAUGAGGGGUGUUCAAGUCAAAGCGGGACUUUUGAUUGUGUAGAAUAACAGAACACAGUUAUGAGAGCUAAAACUCUUUUUAUUUCUCUAUACAAUCCCCUGCUACACUAACGCACUUAUUCCAGCGUUUCACUAGUGCUUUAAAAAUCAAGAAAGAAAGAAGACCUGCUUUACAUCUGAAGCUUCACGCUGGCCCCCCAGGAACACCUUUAAUGGUCCAAACGGGUGGAAAUGGCUUGCCACACUUCCUGUAAAGUGCGAGUGGUGUUUAUAAAUGAUUGUUCGUACAGUUAAAGCAAACAGACGCAUCUUUCCCACAAGCUGAUGACAAGUUAGCUGCUCAUUUUCAAGUAUCAGGCUUUCACUGAAUGUUUUACAGGAACAACUGCACUGGGCUCCGACCCACCUCGGCCAGGAUCGUCAUUAACGUACAGCCUUUUUUAAAACGUUUGCACCAUUCAAAUUGUUCACUGCGAGAACCUCAUCACCGUACUGUGCUUGAAGUCUUCUGUAAAUGUCAAUCAAUUGUAAACCUACUGUAUGUUCUGCUCAUGAGAUGACCAGUCCCGGUUUGACUUGAACGCUCCCUCGUAUUUGUAUAGUUGCACUGCUUGGCUUGUCGUUUUUUUUUUUUUUUUUUUUUUUAGAAAACACUGAACUAAAAACGCUCCAUGUGAAACGCAGGUUUAAUUCAUGUAGAUUUUUUUUCACAGUUGCAUGAUUUCACAAAUGUUUUGAAAGUAGCGAGUAUGAAACGUGUCUGCAGUAUUUGUGUGUGUGUGUCUGUGUGUAUAUGGUAUACAUGUGUGUAGCAUGUCUGUUCAUCCAUUCCUCCAUUAUUUUCCUUUUCACCCGUUUCAUACGAUCUCACUUUCAUCCAUGAUCUCAUAUACUCAACAUAAACAAAAAAUAAUAAAGCUAUUGUCUUAUCUGUC